CAGCUAUAACGAAUGAUGAUUAAACAUUUAAAACAGUGUUUUAAGAGCACGGACGCUGUUUUGGUUUAGAUAGAAAUAGCAGACUAAAGAAAGCAAUGGUCAUAGGUAGGCUAGUACUGAUCUACGCUCGCAUUGGCUGGCCAGUCUUCACCUUAUUUUGUCCUUCUUCGGUGCACGAAUAUUUUAUUCCAGCAGAUACAAAAUCUGAUUUUGCCUGCUAUGUUACUGUGCGGCUGUUAGAACAGCAAUAGGACUUUCCUUGUUUGGAUGAGGACUCGGCUAUAUUGAGAGCUGUCAUCAGCUUGUCAACCUGAUAUUCGGGAUGCCAGCCCUGAAGGACACACUUGACUCGAAUAUCGCAGGUGGGCAGACUGAAGAUGAAAGAGAACUGUUGGUACAACAACAACAGUACUGUCGAGCUCGGGCUUGCAAACUUUACCUGGAAACAAAUUGCAGACGAAAGGCUCUGGAGGAGAGAAGAAAACAGUGGGAUGUUCAGGAGCAGAGAUUGAGAGAGAACAUUCGACAACAGCGUAGACAGAGGGUCCAUGAUGCCACAGAGAACUUCCAAAGAGCUCAUCUCCCUCUUUCCCAGAGGAAGAGACCAGCCUUUAACAGAAGAACACCCAACCUUGACGAAGCACUUCAUCAUUUUCAAGCCACUCUACACUUAUGUGCUCAUCAGUCUCCAUUUUUGUCCAGUGCUUCCACCAUAAGCAGUGCAUAUCGCCACCUACUGAACACUGAGGCCUGCGCCAAACUCAUGCAGAAGAAGAACCUGAGUAACUUCAAGAACAACCAGCUGCUCUUUCUCAAUGAGACGCAUGGGACACAGACAGUUCUGAAAGAAAAAGAGCAGGAGUAUCUUGAUAUCCCACAUAGUGAGACAGAGAGCCUGUCUAGUCUGGACAGCUUAGAGAAUGGAGACCCUCAGCAAACCCAUGGCACUAAAUCAGUGAGCUGCUCUAACCUGGUUUGUUGUUCCCACAAAAGCACCAACUCUGCCCAGUCCUCGUUCUCCCUCAUGGAUCCCCCUAAGCUCCAAGACCCCAAAAACGUCAUCGCCUCGGAGACAGUCCAACAACCUGUUUUCAUCGCCAAACCCCUUCUACUCUGCAGCAAAGAGUUUGCUGGUCUGAGCAUAAUCUUUCAGACUGAUCCAAGUUCCCGGAACUCAGACAUAAAAACAAUAGAGACGCUGAGUUCUUCACAGUCACAUAAACACAAACCAGAUGUAGACAAUGCUACAGGGCUCAAGAGAGAAUCCAAAUCUCUGAGCACAGAGGAGAGUAUAAGAAUAGAUCCCACACAUCCUAAACAUGAAACAGAUAUCACCAAAUUGGCAAGGGCCUAUAUGUCCAAGUCUUCUAGAAAUAAAGAGGAACCAGAAAGAACAUCAGAGCCAGUGACCCAUCAUGCUCAUAAUAGCUGCAAUGUCAGAUUCCUGAAAGUUCUUAAAAACCAUUUAAAAACCAAAUCAGGAAAUGUCAAAUUCACAUAUACCCCUAGACAUUUACUUUUCACCAAAGAAGUGGCCAUAUUAAUUAGGGACAGUGUGGAGCUGGCCAGGGCAAAGCUCAAUGAGCCAGAGAAAAAUAGGACCGUUAAGAAGAAACUGCGAUGGUUUGAUGAGGUAAAUGGAGUUGAUGGGGGGAUGUGGGCAAAAUGUGUAAAGACUUACCCGCCUCAACAAACACAUAAACACCCCUCAGCAGAUCUGCAGCAGGGUUUGCACAACUCAGACUAUGUGAAUUUACUCAUAGGGGCCAAAAAUAUUUCUGAUAAGACCUUCACUGGCCCUGGUGAGCCCCAAUCAUCUAGACAGGCCUGGGCAGAUGUAGGGCUCCAAGAACGGCGUAUGCAAGUGAAUAUAAGGGAGCCCACUUACCAAAGAGGAGGCCUUCACGUUGGGGGCCCUCGGACUCCCCGGAGAGUGCGCUCAGCCAGAGUCAGCUUGGGUCCCAUUAUGUCCCGGGCUAGGAAGGGCACUAUCAUCAGACCACAGUCUGCCAGGGAAGCACAACAUGUGGCCAAGACCCAGGGGAAGAUCUUGGUGCCUUGGCCCCCUCCAAAACCAGAAGUUAUGGAGUGUGACUUAGCCGAGUCCCCAGUGUACAACCCCAAGGCAGCCUACCGUGAUGAUGGUGUACAGAGCAAACCAGGUCUGCCAGUUGAGCUGGCACUGUACAAAGACAAUUCAGAUAGCCAGACAAUGCCUAUCCUUAAAAGAGAUAAAGAUGCUCUCUUUGCUCCAGCGGCAACUCAUUAUACCUACACACAUGAGACUGUGUCCAAGGGCAUCUAUUCCAUCUCCCCUCCAGAUGCACUUGCAAACAACUGGAGGUGCAGAUGUGGAGAGAACGGUAUCUGUUUGGACCAGACUCCAACAGAUGAGGAAAUCACACUUCUGUGGCAUGAAGUCCAAAGUGCUUUAGCCAGCAAAGAUGGUGACCCUCAAAGUUUCCUGACUAACAAUGGCCCAUUGUCUGUUUUGCCUCAAGCCUGUGCCAGUCUGUCCCAUGUUACCAUCAAUGGUGAUAGCUUGAUCAGUGGUGUCAAAGGAGUCUCAAGAAUGGGUGGCUUUUGCUUGUCCUCAUCUAAUGUGAGAAAUCCAGUGAGGAGACAGACUAUGGAAAGUAACAUGGUGAAGAACAGAGUUUCAGUGGAAGGCAGCAGAAACCAAACUGCAGGAACAGCACAGAGAAAGCCCUCUUUUCCUUAUCAGGUCACUGUGCCAAAAACGCCACACCCAAAUAAAAAUGGUCAUGCAGCAGACACUGAAGAGGUGACAGAUGGUGGUCAUAAGGCAGUGGACUGGUCUCUGUCAGACCAGACCAGCACAGUCCCACAGAGCCAGAGAACACCGUCUCUCUGCGUCAGUACUCUCUCACUGGAGGAGCAGGAGAUCCUGCAGUCACUGGAUAGACCUAAUCAAUGCCUGCAGUGUCAAUUUAAUCUUAAAAUAUAUGUGCAAGAUACAGAUGGUAGCAACACACCAGUGAAGGCAAUCCUCGCUUUGGCUCCUGCAUUUAACCAGACAGGUGAGAGUGUGGGAGUCGCCAUGCGUAGGCGAGACUUCUCUGCUGACAAUCGCACCCGAACUCAACAGCGUUACUGACAACACCUCCCAUGAUCCACAACUCCCUCAACAACCUUCUACGGGCACUUUUUGAAUCUUCAAACCUUACAGUUACGCACUUUAUAUUCCUGAGACAAACUCAAAUACAUCUGUGUCUAAGUGGCACAGAGAGUUUAUACAAUACAAAUAAUCAUUGUCUUAAUCAGUAUUUUUGUCUUGUUUUCUGGUAAAAAUAUAUAAACUGCCUAAAACAAAAUGUCAUAAGGUAUUAAAGGAUUAGUUCACCCAAAAAUGAAAAUUCAGUAAUUGUUUUCUCACCCCUGUGUUGUUAUAACCCUAUAUGACUUUCUU